UUGAAGUGUGGAAUAAAUUAUGGAUUAUUGAUUUGUUAUAAAUAUAAUUAUUACUGGUUAAAAAAUGUCCUAGCUUUUGGAUCCUCUAUGAUCUUUCUACGGAGCCCUAGGGCUCUGCGGAACACCAUUUAGGAACCGUUGCUCUAGUGAUGUAUUAAUUUUAUGUAAUUUCCAAACAUCUCUGACUCGAUAUACAUGAAUGUUGUUCGCUACGAGUUAUGUUUACUGCAAAAUGAUGAAAAGAGAACACCAUUUAGGAACCGUUGCCCUAGUGAUGCAUUAAUUUUAUGUAAUUUCCAAACGUCUCCGAUUCGAUAUACAUGAAUUUUGUUCGCUACUAGUUAUGUUUACUACAAAAUGCCCCACGACGAAUUGACGCAGAGCUGUAUGUAUUCUACCAAACUUGUAACGCGAAAUGGAUGUUACAACAGCUACAUGCCGGGCGAUCUGUGCACGCGAUGUGACGAGCUAUGAAGAAAAACUUCAUUCAUUGCCAGAAACUAUGCAGGAUAAACAACUAUCUGUAUUUCCAUCCAUCUCAACUGGAGGAGAGUCCCUGUUUUUAGAGUAGGCGGAGUUAGAUGACGUUUUAACUCAGUUGCUUUUUCGUCUUCCAAAUCCACAUCUUGACUAGCCAUAUAGGCACACCUGUCUUUCCAGUGACUAUUGCCAGGUCGUCUCGCUCAUAAAACGGAAGACCUGCUUUACUUCCCCCCAAUAACCAGUCCUUUUUACAUUCUCGAAUUCAUUUUUCCACCAACUAUUCCAAUCUUAUUACCUGCUGACGGAUAUAUGUAAAUUUGUGACACCUGGAUAAUUCCCAUACCUUUGACGUUGCAGUGCAAAUUUCGAAAAUUUUGCUUGUGUUCCUCGUUUGGUGUUUUAAAGUGUUGUGAAUUCUGUUCGGACCCUGUGUAUAGUGGCUGUACAACUGUUUUUAUUGGAUAAUGGAAUAGCAUCUUAAAAGUUCAAGGUGAAGGGAUAUUUCCGUUACGUCAUUCAACAGCAGAGGAAGUUGAAUUAUCCGUGUAUGCAUCAUCUGAUGUGAGUUGUGAAAUCGAGCGCGUGGCAGCGGCCGUCUUCAAAUAUGUCGGAGAUUCGGCCCACCAGCUGGCCAUGUUCCUUUUGGAAUGCGUCGAUCAUCCUCAGCAUUUGAAGAAUUUGGCUGAAUGUGGGGAAAGAUUUCGACUCCUGGAUCCCAGAGAACUAGACAGUCUGGACGAUAGAGUGACCGCUGCUUUCAAGACAUUCCUACUACCACAAUGUUGGAACAUGAUGGGCCCAGAUUUGAAAGGUGGAAAUGGCAAUGAGACGUUACUUCAUUUUUCUGCUCGCUUGGGACUCUCUCAGUUAUCAUCAUACUUCUUGAGCUUGCCUGGUAGUCAGCUGGCACUUUCCUCCUACAACCACGAAAGAUUACUACCUGAAGAUGUUGCCUUGAAAAAUGGUUUUCAAGAAAUAGCUCAUCGAAUGCAAUAUUUCAGAAAAAAGCAUACAGUGUUUCAGCCUCAUAAGAGUGCUUUGGAGCAAACAAAGCAAAAAAAUGAACUUGUAAUUACCACUGACAUCAAAGGCAGCUACAGAGAAAUAGAUCACGAUAUCCAUGAACUAGAAAAAAAGAAAAUAUACCUAUCUGAUGUAGAGUCAGAAGAUAAUGAUUCUGAAAACAUGAAAGAACUGAAUGCUGUUAAAAAUGGAACUCCAUUCCAUAAUUUAACAAUGAAGUUCACUCAGGAAUCAGUGUCAAACAACCCUUUAAGGUUUGCUUCCUUACCAAGGCAAAGCACCCAACAUCAAUCAUCUCAUUGUCAAGUUAGAGUAUUAGAAGAUAACCUACGGCGUAUAAGAGAUAUCCACGAAGGAAUACAAAAACUGCGGGAAAUAAAUACCAAACAGAUCGUCAUUCACACUUCUAAAGAUGGAUCUCAAAGAUUAACAAGCUCCUGUCCUGCUUUGUAUAUGACAUCGGGAGACGGCUCCAGCGUAUCUUUGGAUGGAGCUGCCAUCACGAUGCGGAACAUCCAACAGAGGAGGACAUCCUUAUCUUCCAAUUCUUUUGAUUCUGCUUUUAUCGAACCAUUUAAUGUCAAGAUUCAUGUCAAUGAUCUGACUCCUGCCCCAUCUCAAGAGUGCCUCAAUCUCUGCUCUCCUCCCAGCGAAAGCGACUGCUCGUUCACAGGAAAGUCGUUGUAUGAGGAUACAAAUGUUUCUAAAAAGUCUAACAUUGGUGGUACAACCUCGAAAAGACUCGCUAAGCGGUCCAGCAAGAAAACACCUACACGACGACAAAGUUGGUCUUCCUUAGGUGCUGGAGGAACAAAUUAUGCUGACGAUAAACAUCUCUUGCAACGGAGGUGGAGUCUCAGCAGUUUAGACUCAGAAACUGAAGAUGCAUUUUGCAAAUCAAAUACAACUGCAAGUUUCAGGUCUAAGAAGUAUUCCACAAAAAAUAUUAACCUCUCACAGAUAUCUAGGGAAAAGAAGCAACAUUUUUCUGAUGGUAGCUGUGAAGAAUCAAUAUUAUCUAAGUCAUCUAAACAGUCUUCUAGUUUCCCAAGUAUGGGAGUUACAACAACUGAAGCUGACGAGAAGGUAGAGCCCCAGAAGACCUACAGUGCUGGUAGCUUGAGUUCCUCUGCUCUGCAAUUCCUGGACACGUUUAAGAACCAACCAUUGCAAAAAUCUUUGUCCACUCCUACUAUAACAGUUGAAGACGAAAUAAUUAAUAAAGCCAAAGAAGAAAAUACACUUUGUAAUAGGCAAAGUUUAAGCACAAUGCACCCUUUACCUCUUCACGACCUUAGCCCUCAGAUGCACGACUCUCUAGAAUGUGAUGAAAAUAUGGCCGAAAUUCAGCAAUUAUCUUUAACUUCAUUAAUUAGAGAUGUCCAAAUGCAAACUGCUGCUGGUGAUAGCGAUGAAGAAAAAGUUUUUGUAAAGAGAAAGAAACGGUCAAGCAUAUUUUUUAAGAAAAAGCCUGACAAAAAUAAAAUUAAAGAAGGAAAGAAAGCUCCCCACCAAUACAUUAUAUGUUCUGGCUCAUUGGGUGUCUGUGAUGUUUGUCAAAAACCAUUUAACAAAAAGACAGCUUUGAAGUGUGAAAAUUGUCUAGUUGUGGUUCAUGAUAGUUCUUGUAAAGAUCAGGUCAUUGACUGUAAUAAAUUCAAGCUGCAGCGAUCUCAAUCCAAGUCAAAUUAUGUAUCAUUAGGAAAAGAAAUGAAUUCAGCUGGAAUCAAUGGUAGUUCUUGCAACAUAUCUCAUUACUCAAAUCGAUACCUCUAUUUGGUGAGGCCCUUGUCACAAAGCAUGUGUCAUCUAGCAAAUCAUGGAAAAGGCUCACUACCAGCAAAUAGCAGGCUCAAUUUCCCUUCUCCUCAUGCCAAUAUACCUCCUCUUGGAGAAGCAGCCUCAAGAUCUAGUUUUAUUAAUCUUAAUAAAAUGUUUAGUGAAGAGAAAGAUGGUGAUGGAAGUGUGGAAUUGUUGUCUAACAUGACAGAAAUCAAUUCUGCUUCUAUGGAGUCUCUAGAUGAAGGUGCUGUUGAAAUUAGUGAUUUAGAGGAUAACCAGAUGCUCAGAUUAAUUGAAGAUGAGGCUGAAACAUGGAAUUCAGCUGCUGAUAAAAACGUUAUUAAAAAAUUAAAGGACAGAGAAAUCAAGCGGCAGGAAGCAAUUCAUGAGCUCAUAAUAACAGAGAAACAUCAUUGUCUUACUCUACAAAUCAUGCAGAAGGUAUAUCACCAGGGAAUGAUAAAGAAAUUGAAUGUACCUCGUGAGUUGGUGGAUAGAUUGUUUCCUUGCUUAAGUGACUUAGUCGAAAUACAUAUGACUUUUCUUCUCAAACUAAGGGAACGUCAAAGCGAAAGUCCUGUGAUAGAUAACAUUGUAGAUAUAUUAGAAGAUCAGUUUCAAGACCAGAAAGCAGAACAAAUGAAAUUUGCCUAUGGUCAGUUUUGCAGUCAACAUAUGGAGUCUCUUAAUUUAUAUAAAGACAUGCUAAAAAGUGAUAGAAAAUUUCAAAAUUUUAUUAAGAAAUGCAAAUCUAAGAAAUUGUGUAAAACCAGAGGAAUACCAGAAUGCUUACUUCUAGUCACCCAAAGAAUAACAAAAUAUCUUUUAGUUUUAGAGUCAUUAAUAAAGGCAGCUAAAGAUAACAAAGAGGAACAAGAAACUCUGGAAUCAAUUCUGCCUUAUGUUAAAGACAUUAUAUCAAGUGUUGAUGUUCAGGUAGCUGAUAAAGAAAAAGAAAUUAGAUUAUUAGAAAUUUUCAAUAGAAUGGACGCCAAAACAACCGUAUUUUAUCGAGGGAAGAAAUUCAAGAAAUCUGAUCUAUUAGCUUGUAAUCGAAAGCUGAGAAAAGAGGGUCCCGUCUCUUGGAAGAGUCCUAGAGGAAAAACUAUCGAUGUUAUUGCAGUCUUGCUGUCAGAUUAUGUUUUCUUCCUUCAGGAAAAUAACCAAAAAUUAUUUUUUGCAUCUUUGGAAAAUAAACCUGGAAUUGUGUCUCUUCAAAAAUUACUCCCUCGCAAAAAAGCUGGGCAAGAUAGUCGAGGCAUUUACUUAAUAUCAUCCAAUCCUAAUGAACCUGAGAUGAUUGAAUUGUUCUGCAAAAGUCCUAAAGACCAAAAAGCUUGGAUGGAUGCGAUCAGGGAAGCUAUUGAUAUGUGUCCUGAUGAAGAUGAGGGUGUACCCAGUGAAACGGAAGAAGAACGAAAACUGGAAGCUGCCAGAGCAGCUCGUAUUAAACAACUUACAAGUCUUUUGCAUGAAAAAGAUUUGCAAUUGGCUCAUAUGUGUGAUGAUAGAAUGCAGGUUUAUGUGGAUUUAUUGGAAAUGGUUGGAAUUGAAUCUGAGCAGUUUGAAAGUAUUAAAUAUUCUCCUUUAAUGGAAAACACCCCUGGAAUGGACACAAAAGAGCUUAUUUCCUCUGCAAUCACCAGUGCAUCAAGACUUGCUAGUAACCUGUAUACUUCUGGUACUAAUUUAAGUCGCAGUGUUAGCAGUGCUGGUGAGCGCCAGAGUGAAACUUACGUUUCUCCACUGUUGCCAAAACGUGCUGAAACGUUUGGUGGGUUUGACAAUCCUACAAAAGAACAAGUCAUUCCCAUUAAAGUUCCGAUGUUCAAAAGAAAACUUCUUCAUUUGAAGGAGCAUAGUGAGUUGUCUAUUUUGCCUUCAAAGCCUAAACCAGACACUGGAAGUAUGGGUGAAUCUCUGGAGAGUGCACUUCAAAACUUUGGCUUACAAACCUCUCUGUCUAUUACUGGGAGAGUACCAUCUGUUUGCAGCAGUCCUGAAAAGCAACAUAGUAGAAAGCUAUUAUCUCCCAGCUUUCAACAACCUCCUGAUAUGCCUUCUUUCAGAGAAAUCACCACUGAAAUUGCUCACCUUACUGCUACUCCUUUACUCAUGACUCAAGGAAAAGAACAACUAAUGCAAAUAGUUGAAUUGGCUCACCAUUUAAACACUAUAAUUUGUUCUGUUUCACAUUUAUCAUCAUCAUAUGAAAGUGCUAAAGUGCAAUUGGCUGAAUCGGAUUACAAAAUGUCCAAGUUAUCUAAAGAGAAGGAAGUUCGCGACAAGAGAAAUCUGUAUAGACCAGAACAUCAACUGGAAGAAUUGCGAAAUUUGCAAAAGCAGCUGAAUCAUGAUCGAGCAGCUUGGCAGCAAGAAAAAUUACAUUUUGAAUCUGAAAUGAAGAAUAAGAAAGAAGAGUUGGAAAAACUACAGGAACAACUCAAAACAGAACAGACAGAUGUAACCCAUCAGAGGGAACUUUUAUAUCGCAAAUUAGAUGCACUACAAAAGCAAGGGAUCAUAUUGAGCCCUUCCCAUAAUGUUGUGAAUCUUAACGCCUGUUCAGUUCGUGAUACCGAUGCCAAAGAGGAAGGCCAUAACUGUAUUGUAAUGUCUGAAAAUGUGCAUCCAACUUCAGCUGACUUUACUCACCGACGAACAGUCUCUUACGACCUGGGUCAAGAUCGGUCAGAAGAGCAAAUACCGUAUGUGUCAUCUGGGUCUAGCUCUGCAGCUCCAUCUCAUCGAAUAGACUCUAAAAACAGACCCUCUCUUAAUGUAUGUGUCAACACAUCCAGCAACAAAGUGGUGCCUUUGCAUUUAUCUAACAGUGCUACAAACAUGCAAAAGCGACAAUCUGUUGCUGUUCAACCUAUUAAACAACAGUUACCCUUAAAACUGGCCAAUACUUUUUCUGCUAAUGGUGCAAAUAUAGUUCCAGUACAAGGUGGCCCACAGCAAGUGUUACCUAUGAAACUUGCACUUGGUUCACUUGCACAAGGUAACCCUACUUUAAAUGUUGCGGAAGGGAAACAUGCUCCAAAAAGAUCGCACAGUGCUGCCAGCAGUCCUUCCUCAACUUUGACCACUCCAGUGCAUGUGAGAGGUGGUAGCAGUCCAGCACUAGUACAGACUACUUCACCUACUGCUGGCACUGUUUCACCCAAAUACAAACCUGAGAGCAGUAUUUUGCAUCACCUGAAGCUGACGAAUGAUAAGUCAAAGAAUAAGAAAGAUGACGGCAAUAAAGAAAUAUUUUGUUGAGUUAAAUUGAUCUCUUCUUUACUUACACUUAUUGUGGAAAACUUUGAUUGCUGAAGUACAAAGUGUUCCAAUCUGAUGCUGGUCAUCGCACACUUUUGAAAUGAAUGGAGUAGUACUUGAUUAUUGUUGAUGGUCUUACUAAGUGAUACAGCCACAAUUGUUUUACACUUAAUGAUGUUUAAUGAUGAUAUUUUAUAAUCUUCAUUGACAGUUUUUAUUUCCUCCACUUUAAAUGAAAUAUUUAUGAACAUGUGGUACUUCACCAUUUGUAUUUUGUAAAUAUAUGUAUAAAAUUGUCUGUUCUGAAAAUGGUACUUGUGAAUACUUAUUUAUGUAGUGAAAUCGCACCAAAAGUUAUACAAAGUACAUACAUUGCAUUUGUGAUUUGUUUCGCAUUUUUUUUUAUUUAUUUUCGGGACCAAUAAUAAUUAUUAAGUUUGACUGCAAGCAGUGUGAUAUUGUUUUUAACACAGAAUUUAUAAAUUUUUGUACAAAAUAGUAUUAUCUUGUAUGUUAUAUCACAAGCAUGUUAACUUCUUGUAAAUUUUGUAGGAGUUCUUUUGCAAAUAAAAAAUAAUAGUUUUAAAAACAUGAAAUUCAUGACUAGAUGUACACUACAAUUAUUUAUUUUUUAAAGCAAAUUUCAUUGAUUUUUGCUAUAUAUAUUUUUUUGGUCAUAGUAGCAUGUAAAUAAUAAUGCUCUCAUAUGUAUUCUUUCAUAUCCUUACAUAUGUACUACUAACUCAAUUAUCAAUAUUGCUUUGAUAUGUCUUUCUUGUGUGAUAAUUUUCUGUGAUCAUUAGUUGAGUGCUGUAGUAUUUUCAAUUCAUAUCUCUUCGCAGAUCAUAGUAAACACUCUCAUAAAAUACUCUAUAUUACUAUUUUUGCUCCCUUUUUAAAGCACUGUCUUGAGUAGAUAGUAUGAAAUCUUAAAACUCAUAUAAUGUCUUCCCUUUUUCUCUUACCAUCUGUUCUUGAAAAUAUCUUCUUUUGUUGUCCCUUAAAAGGGAUUUGCUCUUUUUAGGUAAACACAGGUACCAUUAUCCUAAUGUAUACCAAUUAUCAUUUCUUCUUUUUUUCCCCAUGAAGUUUUCUUUAAAACACUAUUUGAUCACAAUGGAAGACGAGAUACACUUUGUGCUGCAUAUGAAUAAAGCUAAAACAGCGUGAAUAAAAAGCACCUUAUUCACGUUGUUUAGAUUUAUUCACUGUUUGAUAAGCUUAUCCAGAUUAAUGAUGUUAACCUGUGGUACAGUUUAACCAAUUCUGGCUUCUGUGCCAUUAAAUUCUAUAUUCAACUCAACAAUUGUUAUUUUUUGACAAUUUCUUGAUUCUCUUUUUUUUUUCUCUAUUUACAUAUGAUUGAUUUAAUUUGAUUCUUAAAAUAUAGUAAUUAUUUUGAUUUAUUUUGUGUUUUUGUCAACGACUUUGAAAUUUUGGUUUGGAAUGUCUGUUAAGUUUGUCUGGUAAUUUUUAAUUAAUGCCUAAAAUAUUUGCACGUUUUUGAUUAUGUUUACUGCAGAACGGCCAAAAUUUAUAGUAUUUUCAUUUAUUGUAUUUACGUCUAAUAAAAUCAGCUGAAAUUUAAGUAUUUAUUAUCAAGAUAUUGAAAUCAGCAAUGUAUAAAUUACUAAUGAUGUGAUAAUUGGAUGAAUUAGGUUUCUCAAUAUAAUAAUUUUGAACCGACUGCAUUUUUAAAUUAAUUAGCUUAAUGAGUUAAUAAUUUACUCUUAAUGUAAAAAAUAGUUUUAUUUUGAACAAAUAUAUAUUUUGCUGUUUAUAUUCAAGUAAUAAACUUACUAUAUAUGUAUUUUAGUUUGCCUAAUUGUUCAAUCGAAAUUGAAUUAAAAAUGUCUAUUUAUGAGAUUUAUUUGGCUAUGUUUGUUUUAACUAGAGUUUGAUGUCUCUAAAAAUGACUACCACAAGUCAUAUUUUGUAAGUAUUUGAAGUUUAGCUUUUACUUGUUGUCUAAUUUAAUAAUCUAGUAUUUAAAAUCAUAAAAAUUUGUAAAAAUUUUUAGAUUACUGUAUAAUCUAAUAGACAACUUCAAAUCUAUAAAUUGUAAUUUUGCUGCUGAAUAUCUUCAUUUUUCAAUGCAAUUCUUCUGUUUUGUGAAGAUAAAACUUCCUGUAUAGAAAAAAAUUCUGAUAUUUAAUUAUUAGAAAGCAAAUCAUUGUUAGAUAAUUUUUCAUUUAUUUCUAUUCUUGUAUUUCAAAGUUUUAUACAAUAACGAACCUAUUGGGCGCCCAUUAACGUUCUUAUUAUCUGUAUUAAUUUCAUCUGUUUGCAGCCGUAGUUAUAAAAGCGGUGUCAGAGUCUAGUAAAGUGGCUAUGUGCUGCAACAGACCACUUACAGUCCCACCUUAUGAAAAAACUACUGAGUUAUUUCUAUCCCGAAAAGGGAUACACGGUAAGGAAAAAAUUAGUAUUCAAAUUUGUUGAGCCUCUUUAAUUUAGUAUGAAUGGAUACCUUUUGGACAUUAAUGUUUAGAAAAAAAUGCUUUAGAGGUGAAUUUAUUUGUUUCAAAUUUCCUACAUUGUGAUCUAAUGAAAUGAUAUUAAACAAAUUAAAUGUCAAAAUUUUUUUUUAAACUUUCGGUAUUUGAAAUAAAUGUAUCUUGGGAUAAUUAGUUUGUUUUUGUUUUUUUUUCCUUCCAAAAAUAUUUCCUCACGUCACAGUGAAUGCCAAACAAGUAAAUGUGCGUAUCUUUUUUGUAUUAAUGUCCACAACCUGCUUACUUGCUCUAAAUUGCUGAUACCCAUAUUUUUUGUAAAAAUCCUUAAACCUUGUUUACUCACAACAAUUUUUUGUAAUAUUUUUAAAAAGUCCAGGAAAUUUUUCAUGUUUAACAUAAAUUGAAAUCAAAUAAAAUUAUUUCAUAAUUCAUUUCGUAUAAUAUCAUUAUUACUUAAAUAAAUUUUAUUUUCAUUAUUUUUCUUUUCAAUUUUGUUGUACUGUUCUUAAAAUUAUUUCAUCAGUUGUGCCAUUUUAAGAAAUCAUCCAUCAGUAUUUUUGAUUAUUUGUUGUACCAUUAAUACUUUUUAGUGCAUUUGUAUAUUGUCAAGUGUUAUUUAUUUUGCUUUAUAUUAAGAAACGUCUGCAUUUUGAAUUGUACAUCCACGGUGAAGGGUAUUAAAUAAUUUUAUUCCUUUAUGUGCUGCGUGUGCAGAAAUAAAGUCUUUAAUCCUGUAUGAAUAAUUUUUGUUAUAAAUAAAUCUGUACAACAUUAU